AUGCCCGUCAUUCCGGCCCCAUCACCCCCUCUGCCUCUCACCGAUCCAACUAGGAGUCCCCGGGGUUGCUCUAGUCUCUACAAUGCAACCAUAGUAAUAAUUAUAAAAUACACUGGAUGUCAUUCUUUGGUUGAAAUACUUGCUUCAUUCAUUUCAGAAAAUGGAAUCAUCAAGACAGAGAAAGUAUUUGAAGUGAUGCUGGCCACUGACCGCUCCCACUAUGCAAAAUGUAACCCUUAUAUGGAUUCUCCACAAUCAAUAGGUUUCCAAGCAACAAUCAGCGCUCCACACAUGCAUGCCUACGCACUAGAACUUCUUUUUGAUCAGUUGCACGAAGGAGCUAAAGCUCUGGAUGUAGGGUCUGGAAGCGGAAUCCUCACUGCAUGUUUUGCACGUAUGGUUGGUCAUAGUGGAAAAGUCAUAGGAAUUGAUCACAUUAAAGAGCUAGUAGAUGACUCAAUAAAUAAUGUCCGAAAGGACGAUUCAACACUGUUAUCUUCAGGGAGAGUGCAGCUAGUUGUGGGUGAUGGAAGAAUGGGAUAUGCUGAGGAAGCUCCGUAUGAUGCGAUUCACGUGGGAGCGGCAGCCCCCGUCGUGCCGCAGGCAUUAAUAGACCAGUUAAAGCCUGGUGGAAGAUUGAUAUUACCAGUGGGUCCGGCAGGUGGAAACCAAAUGUUGGAGCAGUAUGACAAGCUACAAGAUGGCAGUGUCAAAAUGAAGCCUCUGAUGGGGGUGAUUUAUGUGCCUUUAACAGAUAAGGAAAAGCAGUGGUCCAGGGAUGAACUGUAAAAGCAACAUCAGCUUGACCGAUCUAAAAUAUUACAGACGAUUGCUCAUCUCAGUCCUUAAAGCUUUUUGGAAACCAACAGCAUCACAGCUUGUUUUGGACUUUGUUACACUCUUAUUUUCAGCAUGAAAAUGUGUGGUUUUGUAAGGUUUUCUAAUUCUUCAAAGAGGCACAGAACCAAACUGAUAUAGGAAAGAUGCAGAGUAUAAUUAGUGAGUAAUUGCUUUAACAUGCCCACGUUUUACUAUAAUAAUAUGAAAAGAAAGGGUUCUGCAAAGUGGAAAGCUUAGUUUAUGAAUUUAUUUUGAGAAGUGGCUUUUCUUUUGUUGGACGUUUAAUUCUGUUCCAGUAUUAAUUUAUCAGAUUUCUUUUGUGCAUCAGAUAACAAUAUCAGUCACCAGUUAAAAUUCUUGAUAUUUGGAUGUCUGUUAGAUGCUACUAAGAAACUAGAGAUGAGCUUUCUCUUUAAAGCUUUUGAUGUGGUGUCAUAGAAUAGCAUGUUGUAGAUACAAUCAGCUGCUUUGUUACCUUAAAACUAGGCAUUUGUAAAUAUUGAAACUUAAGCAGAUGUCAGGUGAUGUCCUAUAAACCUAGCUGUUCAGAUUGGACAUAACUGACAUAGUUUUUCUUUUCUCUCUAAAAAUGACAGGAGACUUGAGAGUCAGUCCUUUUUUCUGUUUCUAGUUUGCUGCUGAUAAUGUAUAUGAAUCUAACAUGCUGUGUAAGCUGUGUGCUAGUUUCUGCACAGUUUAUGCGGUGCUGCUUUGCCAAAUAAAGUAAAAAGCAAAAGAUG